UUGACCAGAUGAGCCUCCGUGCUGCUGUGAGAUGGGGGCUAUGACUGAACAGUGCCAGAGGGUCAUAUCAGCUUUUCUCUGGAUCUCUUACAGGCCUCCGGGGCUGCCUGUCCAGCUACCUGCUGGGCGUCUUGGGGACGGUGUCCCUGCCCAGACCUACCCCGCACCUCUGUCCCCUCCUGCUGCGCAGCUUUGCUGUCGAGGCCAAGAAGACCUACGUGCGGGACAAACCCCACGUCAACGUGGGCACCAUUGGGCACGUGGACCACGGCAAGACCACCCUGACGGCUGCCAUCACCAAGAUCCUGGCUGAGGCUGGAGAUACCAAGUUCAAGAAGUAUGAAGAGAUUGACAACGCGCCAGAGGAGAAGGCUCGUGGCAUCACCAUCAACGCCUCCCACGUGGAGUAUGCUACGGCCAACCGGCACUAUGCCCAUACCGACUGCCCCGGCCACGCUGACUACGUGAAGAACAUGAUCACUGGCACCGCUCCCUUAGACGGCUGCAUUCUUGUGGUGGCGGCAACUGAUGGCCAGAUGCCACAGACCCGAGAGCACUUGCUGCUGGCCAAACAGAUCGGGGUGCAGCACAUCGUGGUGUACGUCAACAAGGCAGACGUGGUGGAGGACCAGGAGAUGCUGGAGCUGGUGGAGCUGGAGAUCCGGGAACUGCUCUCAGAGUUUGGCUAUGAUGGGGAGAAGACUCCUGUCAUCGUGGGCUCUGCCCUCUGUGCCCUGGAGCACCGCAACCCGGAGCUGGGCCUGAACUCCAUCCUGAAGCUGCUGGACGCGGUUGACACGCACGUCCCACUGCCCACGCGGGAGCUGGACAAGCCGUUCCUGCUGCCCAUUGAAUCCAUCUACUCCAUCCCGGGGCGUGGGACUGUGGUGACGGGGACGCUGGAGCGUGGCAUUGUCAGGAAGGGGGAUGAGUGUGAGUUUUUGGGGCACAACCGCAACCUGCGCUCUGUGGUAACAGGCAUUGAGAUGUUCCACCAGAGCCUGGAGCGGGCGGAGGCUGGAGACAAUCUGGGUGCGCUGGUGCGGGGGCUGAAGCGGGAAGAUGUGCGGCGUGGCAUGGUGAUGUGCAAGCCCGGCUCCAUUAAGCCCCAUCAGAAGAUCCAGGCCCAGGUGUAUAUCCUCAGCAAGGAGGAGGGUGGACGGCACAAGCCUUUCUUCUCUAACUACACGCCUGUCAUGUUCUCCCUCACGUGGGACAUGGCCUGUCGGGUCACUGUCCCCCCCGAAAAGGAGAUGGUGAUGCCUGGUGAGGACACAGCCCUGACCCUCACACUGCGGCAGCCCAUGGUGCUGGAGGAGGGACAGCGCUUCACGCUGCGGGACACCAACCGCACCAUUGGCACAGGCGUGGUCACCAAGACACUGGAGGUGGAUCUGGAUGAUGUGAAGGGCUGGGCGUAAAGGCUGGGCUGGACCAGCGCUGCAAAUAGAGGGAGGCAGCUAGUUCUGCCCAUGUCCCAUGCUGGGGAGGGAGGAAAGAGCCUGGCUAGGACUGCUGCCCCAGGCUGGCUCAUGUUCACCUAGAGCUGCUCCGCUGGGAGUGUCCUGCCCACAGCCCUCUCCAGUGGGGGGGGGGGAGCAGGGCCUGUGGCUUGCUGCUCCUCCUGUUCAUUUCUGUUGUUAAUAAAGGUGUGGAAUCAUG